UCAGCUGUUGAAAGAUAUUCUUGUUGGCAACGUAAACAGAAAACAGAUAAUACCGACAGAACCCGACUUUUCCACGAAUUGAUUGAUCUGCCUUUAGUCACCUGUCCUCUGCACACGCACACCAUGCUGAAGGCCGUAAUCCUGAUCGGCGGUCCUCAGAAGGGCACCCGUUUUCGUCCACUUUCCCUGGACACACCCAAGCCUCUAUUCCCGCUGGCCGGGCGUCCGCUGAUUGCCCACCACAUCGAGGCCUGCGCCCAACUGCGGGACUUGCGCGAGAUCCUCAUCAUUGGCUACUAUCCGCAGACCCAGAUGGAGGGUUUCGUGGGCGACAUGCAGGCACUGUAUAGCAGCAGCAACAUCAACAUCAGGUACCUGCAAGAGUUCACGGCCCUGGGAACAGCGGGUGGCAUGUACCACUUCCGGGAUCAAAUCAGAGCAGGCAAUCCUCGAGCUUUCUUUGUUCUGAAUGGAGAUGUUUGCGCUGAUUUUCCGCUGCAGGAGCUACGGGACUUUCAUGAGAAUCGUCCGUCGAGUGCCCUGGUGACCAUAAUGUCCACGGAGGCCACACGUCAACAGUCGCUGCAUUACGGCUGCCUGGUUUUCGAUAAGAACAACGGAGCCGUGUCUCACUACGUGGAGAAGCCGAGCUCCUAUGUGUCCACCUUCAUCAAUUGCGGCGUAUAUGUCUGCUCCAUGGACAUAUUCACCGUGCUGGCGCAGAUUUUCCACUCAAGGGGACAGGAGUACGGUUGCCAGGGUUUUAGCAACGGCAAUGGAAAUGGAAAUGGCAAUGGACGGGAGCAGGGCCACAUCAAAUGGGAGCAGGAGGUACUCACGCCCCUGGCUGGCACGGAUAAGCUGUUCGCCAUGCCGGUGCCCAAUUGGUGGUCGCAACUGAAGACCGCCGGAUCGGCCAUCUAUGCCAAUCGCCAUUACUUGGGACUUUACAAGAAGACCCAUCCGGAGAGGCUGGCAAAUGUGGGAACCAAGCACGGUGAAGGCGAUGGCAGCUUGAUAUGCACCGUGCUUCCGGAUGUCUAUGUGCAUCCCAGUGCCACUGUGCAUCACAGCGCAGUGUUGGGUCCCAAUGUGGCCAUUGGGCCGGGCGUAACCAUUGGACCGGGCGUGCGCAUUCGGGAAUCGAUUGUCUUGGAACAGGCUCAAAUCCAGGAUCAUACUCUGGUCCUGCACUCGAUUGUGGGCAGGGGCUCGACCAUAGGAGCCUGGGCACGCGUUGAGGGCACACCCAGUGACCCCGAUCCCAAUAAGCCCUUUGCCAAGAUGGAAAACCCGCCGCUCUUCAACAACGAGGGCAAGCUGAAUCCCUCGAUUACCAUAUUGGGCUGCUUUGUGCAGGUGCCUGCCGAGAAGAUCCUGCUAAACAGCAUUGUACUGCCGCACAAGGAGCUUAGUCGCAGCUUCAAGAACGAGAUCAUAUUGUGAGGAUAUGAAUAUAACUUUUAUUUUGGUAUCUCCUUUUAUCAGUAUGCCAUUUUAUACGUUUCUAUUGUGCAAUAUUCCAAAAAUCUAUCUAUUAAAUGUACCCUAGCUAAUUUUA